AUGAGUAAAAUUAUCUUCAUUAAAGAACGGCUACGUCGAAAGAAGGUCUUAUUGAUUCUCGAUGACGUUGACGAGUUGAAGCAGCUAAAAUUUUUGGCCGGAGGAUUUGAUUGGUUUGGUCGUAACAGCAGAGUCAUCAUUAGCACUCGAGACAAAAGUUUGUUAACAUGUCAUGGGAUUGAAAGAAUAUAUGAAGUAGAAGGCUUAAAUUGUGGUGAAUCUCUUGAAUUGUUUAAGCAGGUGGCUUUUAAAACUAAGAAAGUUGAUUCAAUUAAUGAUGAUAUUGUCAACCGUGCAAUUAGUUAUGCUUCUGGCCUUCCAUUAGCUAUAGAUGUCAUAGGUUCCAAUUUGGCAGGAACGCCUAUAACCGAAUGGGAAUCUAUAUUAGAUAAAUAUAAAAGGAUUCCUCCUCAUGAUAUCCAAAAUAUACUAAAAGUUAGCUUUGAUGGUUUGGAUGAAGAACAGAAAAAUCUCUUUCUAGAUAUUGCAUGUUUCUCUAAAUGGUUUGAUUUGGGAAAAAUUCGUGCUAAUUACGAUCAUUGCAUAAAACAUGAUGUUAGAGUGUUGGUUGAUAAAUCUCUCAUAAAGAUUCAUCGAUUUGGUAAUGUGAUAUUACAUGACUUGAUAGAGCAUAUGGGUAAAGAAAUUGUUCGAAAAGAAUCACCCGAUCAUCCUGAAAAACGCUCUAGAUUGUGGUUUCACAAAGAUAUAGUUGAAGUUUUAGAACAAAACAAGGGAACUAGUGAAACUAAAAUGAUAUAUCUGGAUUGCCCCUCAAAGGAAGUCGUAAAAAAUUUGAAUGGAGAUGCCUUCAAGAAGAUGACAAAACUAAAAACACUUGUCAUUAAAAAUGCUUAUUUUUCCGAAGGGUCCCAUUAUUUUCCAAAUAGUUUGAGAGUACUUGAAUGGGAAAAAUAUCCUUCAACACCAUUUAGUAUUUUGAACAAGAAAUUUGAGAAUAUGAAUGUUUUGAAGUUUGACAAAUGUGAAUAUUUAACAGAGAUAUCAAAUGUCUCCGGUCUCCCAAAUUUAGAAAAAAUUUCAUUUGAAAAUUGUGUGAAUUUAAUUACAAUUGACAACUCAAUUGGGUUUCUGAGCAAACUUGAAUUCUUGAAUGCUAAGGGUUGCAAGAAGCUUAGGAGUUUUCCACCCUUGAAAUUACCUUCUCUUCGACAUCUGGAUCUUAUGGAUUGUGAGAGUCUCCAGAAUUUUCCAGAAAUAUUAGACAAGAUCGAAACACUAAAAGUAAUUGAUAUUCUUAGAACUUCCAUACGAGAGAUUCCAGUUUCAAUUCAAAAUCUAAUUGGGCUUGUUUCACUAUAUUUUGAUGCAAAUGGAAAGCUAAUGUUCCCUAGCAUUUGCAACAUGCCAAAUGUGCAGGAUGUUAGCCUCAAAGCAAUUAGCAACCUCUCAUUAUUUCUUCCGCUAGCUAUCAUGCGGUUUGCUAAUAUGCGAUUUCUAGACCUAUCUCGUAGCGAUAUCAGAGUUAUUCCAGAAUGCCUUAAAGAAUGUACCUCUCUUCAUGAACUUAUGUUAAAUUAUUGCUAUUCUCUUGAGGAUAUUUCUGCACUUCCGCCAAAUCUACAAAGAUUGUCAGCAGUAGACUGCAAAUCAUUGAAUUCCUCAAGUAAAAGCAUGUUACUGAAUAAGGUAUUGUUGUAUUUUUUGCCAAAAUAUUGAUUUGAUAUUUUUAUAAGUUCAAUUCUAACAUGCACAAGUAGCCGAAGCCUUUUUAUAAUUUAAAUAUGAUUUUGGUCCUUGUAAAUCUCACUAUUUGUAUUAUGGUUUUGUAAAAAUAAAUGAUUUAUACUUGCAAUUUUUAGGAAGUUUCAAAAAAUUCGUUUAUAUGAUUUUCAUAAUAAAAAAUGUUGAAGAGUCCUAUCAACAACUUUAACGCAAUCACCUUAGACUACUUCAAUUAGAAUUGGACACUUCGGAAUAUUUUUUAUUAUAAAAAAUUCAUCAAGAAUAUUUUUUAAUUUUUCUAAAACAUACAAGGAUAUA